AUGUUCUGUGAGUACUUCCUGGUCAGAGAGAUCAUUCAUAAAUCUAGCCUGUCUGUCUCGGUGGAUAAUCACAAGUGUGAUCCUGCAGACGGCUCGUUCUGUCCGCAGGCUGUCACCGUCUCCUUCGAGUCCUACAGGAUACUUCUGACUCAGCUGAAGGACGUGGGGAACGUGGUGUAUGUGAAUCAAAAGCGUGUCUACCCCGCCUACUCAAACUAUGACCUGCUCUUCACCGGCACAGAUAUGGCGAUCACACUGGAAAUACCUGCAAUUAAACUGAAAGUUGUUCACUUCAGCAUUUACCUUCCUUAUUCUCUCUUCAGUGGAAAUACAGAGGGACUUUGUGGGACCUGUGACAACUCCCAGGUCAACGAGUGCUGUUAUCCCAAUGGAAGCUGCUCAGACUGUGCAGACACCUGGCUGGUCCCAGAAUGUGACGUCGCCCUGUGUCUCCCUCCGAUGAGCUGCCCGUCUGGUUUCAAACUCUCUGCCACAAACAGAACCUGCUGCCAGUCCUUCACCUGUGGACAACCAUCAGGAACAUCAACAACACCAGGACAACCAUCAGGACAAACAUUAGGACAACCAUCAGGACCAACACCUGGACAACCAUCAGGUCCAUCAACAACAGGAAUGGCACAGCCUUUUUCACCUGGUUCUUGUCAGAAGUGUUUCUGUGGCCCACAAACAGACCCAAUCACCAAUCUGAAAAUCAUUCACUGCAAACCCACUGUUUGCAACACGACUUGCUCCAAGGGCUUCCAACACCUGGCUGUACCUGGAAAGUGUUGUGGGCAGUGUGUCCAGAAGAGCUGUUUCCUCAUCCUACCUGACAACAAGACACAGAUUAUAGAGGAGAAAGCUGUGAGUCAUUAUCAGAGCGUGUUUCAAACACUGAUGAACAGCUGCUGUGUCCGAACAGGCAAGCUGCGCAGCAUCUGUGAAGUCCACAGUAAGCAGGAGGUCAUCGAUGUGAAUAACUGUAAGAGCCUGCAGCCGGUCGACAUGACGCACUGUUCUGGACACUGUGGAAGCACGUCCAUGUGA